AUGGCAGAAAGUUCCUCGACGGCUUUGUCAAUCUUGCCCAUGUCCCUUAACACUGAUGCUUUUCUCCGCCAGACAGCCUACGUAGUAGGACAACUAGUCAACAAACACAAACCCGACCGGUACAGACAGGUUACACGUACAGCGUUCGACGAAUCUGAUUCAAGAAACGUGACGAACCAAGAAACCUUGCAACCUGUCCUGGUAUCGCUGAAUCUCGUUCACGAUACUCGGAGAACGGCCCUUGCUGACGAACUCUCGCACUCUAUCGACUACUCUGCUAUUUCAACAUCUCUGGCUCGCUAUUGUGGUUCAUCUCCAAUACCGUCUCUGGAAGUCUUGUCCGACCGGGUCGCGGAGUGCUGCUUCGAGCUGUAUGCUAAUUUGGAGCGAUUGUCUCUCAUGAUAACAAGACCGCACACGCUGCUGCAUGGUGACUCGAUAGCAAUUGAGUGCGAGAAAACGCGGGAUGCUCAUGGACCAUCACGGGAGCGAUACCUCAUUCAUAAUCUCCAGUGUCAGACAAUAGUCGGAAUUAAUCCUUGCGAGCGUGCAGAAGCGCAACGAGUCUGCUUUGACAUCAUCCUCACGCGCUUGAAGAGGUAUAGUCGACCAUUCGAUUUCCGUGGUUUGGCGCGGACGGUGUUUCAUCACGUCCAAGGCUCCUCCUGCUUCACUCUAGAGGCGUUAGCAUCAUCCGUAGCUCACACAGCGCUAUUGGAAGCAGGCAAUGAUACCGACAGUGUAACCGUACGCGCUGCAAAGCCGAGCGCUCUGCCUCUCGCUCGGGCGGCAGAAGUAGAGAUCUCGCGCACCUUACGUGACUUUCAGCAUCACGCGAAGGCAGAUGGUCUCGAACCCGUAUGUUCCCAGCCAAGGGCUACUCCCAAAGCUGGGUUUCUCGGCAUAGUCCCGCAUCCGUCCUUGUCUUCCCUAUUGGAUGGAUUGCAGCCGAGAAACACUAUACCGUACAAACACACGGCGGCUCUUGCGCUGGGUGCCAACCUUGGGGAUCGCUUCGCGAACAUAGAGCUUGCUCUGCGUCUACUAGAAGCGCCGACUGGAGGUGGAAAUGGUCCACCCAAAGCCGCCGUCAUCAACACGAGUUUCAUGUACGAGACCGCGCCGAUGUACGUCACCGACCAGCCAAGGUUUAUCAAUUGCGCGUGCAUAAUCGAGACCGAUAUGGAACCCAUGGAGUUGUUGCAUUUCGUCAAGGAGAUCGAGAACACAGUGGGGCGAGUGACUUCUUUCAGGAACGGCCCGCGGGCCAUCGACGUCGACAUCCUUACCUAUGACUCGCUGGUCAUCGACUCUAGGCCAGAGACCGAACGUGCCAAUCUCGACAACCUUGCUGAUCAGCUCGUUGUACCUCAUCCUCGCAUUGCUGAGCGAGAAUUCGUGUUGCGACCGGUGAACGAUAUGAUGCCUGACUUUGUCCAUCCGACAUUGGGCAAGUCUAUCCAGUCACUCCUUACAGAGCUCUUGGCAUCGCAUCCCCAGAACGUAGACCCGAUGUACAAGGUCAUGGCUUUCCCGCGAUAUCCUCUUCCGACCUCUCCAGGAGAGCGGUCAUCGUCUCCCACUCUGGCUAGCAUUUCUCCUGUACCGCCCACUGCGACAUACUGGAAGUUCCCGCCUUCAGCUUCCAACCGUAAUGAGCAACUAAAAACACGUAUCAUGGGGACCCUCAAUGCGACGCCUGAUUCGUUCUCAGAUGGUUCCUUGCACAACACUAUCCCUGCUGCUAUCGCGUACGUCAAAUCGUCAGUGGCAGGCGGGGCGGAUAUCAUCGACGUAGGUGGCUACUCAACGCGUCCCCGCGCUGAGUAUGUGCCGCCGGAAGAGGAGGUGUCUCGUGUCGUUCCGGUUAUCCAGGCGAUCCGAAAUGCGGUUCUAGAUGAGGACGGGAAAGGCACAGCCAGCAGUGCCGCCGAGAUAGCGGACGUGCUCAUUAGCGUGGAUACCUUCCGUGCCGAUGUUGCGUCCGCCGCCGUGCUUGCAGGUGCGAGCUGCAUCAAUGACGUCUACGCAUUCACUGGCCCCGACUAUCCCCUGACAACAGCGUCGGCGGAGCAUUUCCUCACCAUGCGUGCGGUCGCGCGUAACCUCGUGGUCCCAGUGAUUCUUAUGCAUUCCCGUGGGGAAGCAUCGGCCAACAAAGACUACUCGGCUUAUGCGUAUGCUGCAGACGCGAAUGGUCGUGGCGCUGUGCUGGAGGGUGUGCGUGUGGAGCUCGGCGACAAGAUAGAGGCCGCAGUGAAGGGUCGCGGCGGGAUCAGACGUUGGCUCGUCAUGGUCGAUCCUGGGAUCGGAUUUAGCAAGAGCGUCGAGGGCAAUCUUGAGCUACUGCGCGGUGCAAAGGUACUCACUUCCGACGACAUCGCUGGCAACCCGCUUGCUGGGUAUCCUCAGUUGAUAGGCACGUCGCGCAAGUCAUUCCUGGGCGCAAUUUUGGCUCGAGAGGACCCUGAAGGCCCGUACGCUGGAAGGGAAACAAGACCGGAUGAGCGAGGAUGGGCUACUGCUGCAGCUGUGAGCUGCGCUAUCCAGCAGAAGGCUGCUGUGGUACGGGUCCAUGACGUGCUAGAGCUCGGGGAUGUGAUCAGAGUCGGCCUGGCCCUGUGGGAUUGA